CUUGGUGUCCAGCGCCCUGAACUCUAACCUCAUGACCUCCAACCUCAUGGUGACUGGAGGCUCCGCCCGCUGGCCCCACGACCCCUCCCCCCUGACCUCUCACUCCUGGAUGCCCCGCCAAGGAGCACCGCCCAUCUGGCUGUCGGGAUCCCCCUACGGUUUAGGCCCCUCUCCGCUGCACCAGGCCCUCCCUCCCUACCAGCUGGCCAGAGACCCCCAGUCAGGACAGCUGAUGGUUAUAGCCACAGAACACAUCCCACGCUACGGAGGAGAUGUGUUGGAUGGGGGUGGCGCCCCCCAGUGGCCAGGGGUGUACGGAGCAGGCAGUUCUCUGCAACAUGCCGCUCAGCUGCAGAUGUUGUCACAGCAACAGAUGCUGAGGCAACAUGAGCUGGUGAUGAUUCAACAACAUGCUGCUCAGGUCCUGGAGCUGCAGAGGAACGCUCAACUGAUGGAGCGUCUGAAGGCCAGUGAACAGAGGGCAGAGCUAGAAGAGAAGACCAAUAAGAGGUGUUCCGAGCCCAAACCCCGCCCCUCGCCACGCCCCACUGCCUCCCCCUCCCUCCACUGCCAUAAAACUCCUCUCCGUUCACCUCCCCCCUCCACCUCCUCCCUCACCCCCCUGUCCUCCCCCAGGCCCACUCUCCAACACCCGGAGGUCCAGAGAGAGAGGUCUCACCCUUCCUCUCCCCUUCCUCGCCCUCCCGCCCCACACUCUGCCUCCCCCCUGAGACCCAAACAGGACACUGACGAGGGAGAGGAGGAGGGGGAGAGAGAGGGGAGAAACAGACCACCGCCCCUAUCACCGAAUCUACACAGUUGA